UUCAGAUGGAAAUUGCUGCAGAUAACUUUUCUGUGACCUUGAUUCUUGUGCUUGUAUCUGGGAUGUGCGGAAUGCUGGUUUUGGCUGCUCACUUAACGAAUGCCGGAUGCUUUGGCAGUGAGCUUGAUAUUUCUUUCAUUUUGUGAAAGAUGUAUGGUGCCCUGAUAGAGGUGAUUUCUCCAGCAGAUGCUCCCAGUGCAGGAACGCUUCACCUGUGCUGUGUUUCUUUUUCAUCGAGGAACCAGCAAUAUCACUGAUUCAUCACAGAAGGUUGCUGAGUACUUACGGGUUUACAGGAUGGUAACUGCAAAGGUGUGGGUUCUGAAGAAGCAUUUUGAGGGUUUCCCGAAAACCAGCGACUUUGACCUGAAGAAGAUAGAGCUGCCAAACCUAAAGGAUGGAGAAUUGCUGCUUGAAUCGGUGUUUCUCAGUGUUGAUCCUUACAUGAGAUAUAGUCAAAGGGGCAUGAAGGAAGGGGACAUAAUGAUAGGCACACAGGUUGCCAGGAUUAUUGAAAGCAAGAAUCCUGCUUUCACAGUGGGAUCCUUUGUUGUGGCCAGAAGUGGCUGGAGAACUCAUUUCAUCUCUGAUGGGAAAGACCUACAACUCCUUCUUUCCAGUUGGCCAGAAUCUCUCCCCAGACCUCUGGCUCUUGGGACAGUUGGCAUGCCAGGCCUCACUGCGUACUUUGGUCUGCUGGAGGUCUGCAGGAUGAAGCCAGGAGAGAUGGUGCUGGUUAAUGCUGCAGCUGGUGCUGUUGGCUCUGUGGUGGGGCAGCUUGCUAAAAUUGGGGGUUGCAAAGUGGUUGGCUGUGCUGGCUCAGAUGUGAAGGUUGCCUGUCUCAAAAAAAUAGGCUUUGAUGAAGUGUUUAAUUACAAGACUGUUACAUCUUUGGAUGAAGCACUGUGUAAAGCCUCUUGUGAUGGCUACGACUGUCUCUUUGACAAUGUGGGUGGAGAAUUUAGUAGUAUUGCUAUCAACCAUAUGAAGAAAUAUGUAAGGAUUGCAGUCUGUGGAGCCAUCUCUCAGUACGACGACUCUGUGCCUCAGCGAGGUGUGGGUGCGCUUCCUUGUGUUUAUCUCCUGUUUUGUGAUAGCAGAGAGAAAGAUAUAAUGGGACUGAUAUUGCAGGUGGUUUGCUGGUUUCUUUCUCUUGCAGGGCCUUACAUGCAGGUUGCAAUGAUCUUCAGAGAGCUUUGAAUGGAAGGGUUUAUUAUGUCCAGCUGGAAUAACAGCUGGGAAGAAGGUCUGAAGGCACUACUGAAAUGGGUCGUGGAGGUAAGAAAGGAAGGGGCAGUUUUCUGUAAGGUAGACUCACACUGUAGCUUCCCUCUUUGCAAGGGGUCUCUUGUCAUAGCUGUUGAGGUGAGGUCCCAGCUUGAUACUUUUCUGCCACCUGACUUAAUCUCUGAGCCUUUUGGGGACACUCAAACCAUAGUGAGCACACCUGAUCCCUUCUGCUUUGUUGAGACCUGCAGUAUUAGCUUGUUGACUUAGCUAUAUUCCAGAAUACAUUUAAGCUGUGAAAAAGGAUGCUUCCAGAGUAAUUCAAAACACUUCUCUGGCAAUUAAGAGUUUCAUAGAGUGCUUCCUUUAUUUCUCAUUCAGAAGUCUCCUUUCAUUUGUAGUACGAGCAAGGAUUUCCACUGUAGUUGUGUGUAGUAGCGUGCUGAAAUUACUGGUAAGAAUGGAGGUUUUUAUGUAACUGGGAGCUGGACUUUAAAGGGACUUAAUAGGGAAUUUCUUAAAUUCUACUUUUCUAGAUGGAGGCUGAGUCUAACACUUGGUUCAUGGCUGUGAAAAGCUUGUGAGUGUGAACACUACAACAAACAUGAGGAUUCGGAAUGGCUCAGCUUUUUAUCACUUCAGUCUGCAAUUCCAUACUUCCUUAUGGGAAGACAGGCCUGGCUGUGGGGAAGUAAUCCCCAAGUGACACUGAUCUGCCCUGAUGUGUUUUUAUAGGAGUGAAUUUUGCUCCCUGUUAUGACUCCAAGUAGAAGGUCUUGCAACAAAAGCAGAUCUUCACAACAGCCUACGUACUUUUGCAAAUGUGCAAAUCUACCCUGAUGUGUGCCAGCUUGCAUGUUUCAGAUGAAACAUUUAAGCUGGAGAAAACAUUUUUGCAGGUUAGCCUUCCAAGGAUCAUAAAAUCAUUUAGGUUGGAAAAGAUGUUUAAGAUCAUUAUGUCCAACUGUUAACCCAGCACUGCCAAGUCCACCACUAAACCAUGUCCCUGUACACCCCCUCUACGUGGCUUUUAAAUACCUCCAGGGACGAUGACACAACCACUUCCAUGGGCAGCCUGUUCCAGUGCUUGACAACCCUUUCAGUGAAGAAGUUUUCCCUAAUAUCCAACCUAAACUUCCCCUGGUGCAGCUUGAGGCCAUUUCCUCUCUCCUAUCACUUGUUACUAGGGAGAAGAGACCAACACCCACUGCACUACAACCUCCUGUCAGGUAGUUGUAGAGAGUGAUAAGGUCCCCCCUCAGCCUCCUCCAGGCUAAACAACCCCAGCUCCCUCAGCCACUCCUCAUAAGACCGGCUCUCCAGACCCUUCACCAGCUUCGCUGCCCUUCUCUGGACAUGCUCCAGCAUCUCGAUGUCCUUCUUGUAUGGAGGGGCCCAAAACUGAACACAGGAUUUGAGGGGUGGCCUCACCAGUGCCCAGUACAGGGGGACAAUGGUAAGUAUUAGGCUGCUUGUGAAUGAAAACUCAGCAAUUUCCUUUCUUCCGUUGACAAGGAAAAGUGAAGUGGUAUGAACAAGUCACUGAAGGAUUUGAGAACAUGCCAGUGGCUUUCCUUGGAAAGUUAAAGGGAGAAAAUCUUGGAAAAGCCAUUGUAAAAGUCUGAAGGU